AUGGCUGAAGAAAACACACCAUCUUCCCACGACCAGGACAUCAACCCCUGGUCUGUGGAGGGGGCGCGAGACGAGAACGGCGAAGUCGCCUCGAUUGACUAUGAGGCCAUCUGCCAAAAAUGGAACACCCAGACCAUUGACCAUGAGCUCCUGGAGCGUUUUGAGAAGGUCACCGGACACAAGCCGCAUCGCUGGCUCCGACGGGGCCUGUUCUUCAGCCAUCGGGACUUCGACAAGAUCUUGACCCGGUACGAGCAUGGCGAGCCGUUCUUCCUCUACACUGGUCGCGGUCCCAGCACCGGCAGUCUCCAUCUGGGCCAUACGAUCCCGCUUCAAUUCACAAAAUGGCUCCAGGAUGUCUUCGACGUGCCGCUGGUAUUCAUGUUGACAGACGACGAGAAGGCCCUUUUCAAGGACAGCGUGAGCUUCGAGGACGCCUUACAUUUCGCCAUGGAAAACGCCAAGGACAUCAUCUCGCUAGGAUUCGACGUGAAAAAGACUUUCAUCUAUAGCGAUCUGAAGUACUUCGGGAACCAUUUCCUGAUGAACGCCUGGGAGUUCUCCAAGCUGGUCACCUUUAACCAGGUGCGCGGUGCAUUCGGCUUCAACGAAAGCACCAACAUUGGACGCAUCUUCUUUCCCUCCCUGCAGUGCGUUGCUGCCUUCGCCACUUCGUACCCGGAGAUCUGGACGGACGAACCCCAAGUGACCCGAAACCAAAAGAUCGCCGACAUCGCCUGCUUGAUCCCCAUGGGAAUCGACCAGGAUCCAUAUUUCCGUCUCCUGCGUGAGAAUUCCCAUAAGAUGAAAUACCCGUCCCCGAAGCCUGCCCUGAUCCACUCGAAAUUCCUCACUGCUCUGCAAGGUGCGGGAGGGAAGAUGUCCUCAUCGAACCCCAACUCGGCUAUUUUCAUGGAUGAUACCCCUAAACAGAUCAAGACCAAGAUCAACAAAUACGCAUUCAGCGGCGGCCAAGUCAGCAUCGAAGACCACCGUCGUCUAGGUGGCAACCCAGACGUAGACGUCUCAUACAUCUACCUGACGUAUUUCGAAGAAGACGACACCAAGCUCGAAGAGAUCUAUAAGAACUACAAGAGCGGCGCGCUCCUCACCGGCGAACUGAAGAAGAUGGCCAUCGAGACCCUGCAGGAAUACGUGGGUGAAUUCCAGGAACGGAGAAAACAGGUCUCCGACGAGGUUCUCAGCGAGUACAUGCGGCCGCGCAAGUUGCAGUGGGCGGGUAAUCCGAAUCCGACUCCGAAACCACUGGUGACAGAUUUGAAGAAGGGGUCGAAAUAA